CGUUAUACACAUAAUCGUCGAGAAUAUGUACAAUCGAACAUUAUAGGGUAACUUACUCUCGGAUUGUCGUGUUGCGUGUGUUUCGGGCUCUUGUAUCGGUGAACGGGAAUAAACGGGAGUAUAUAAAGCGGUGAAGAAGACGAAGGUUUUUUUUGUUUGUUCUUUUAUCGGUAUGCCAGUUUUUACGUAUCAUCAGUGUUUGUUCAAUCGAAGUGAUUUUCUUAUUGCGGCUUCGCGUGAGACGGCUGAAGGAGUUGAAGUGAGAAGGAGUAGUUUACAAGAAAUCGUUUCUGUAAUUAUUUACAAGGAAAAUAUCAAUGGAAAAUGAAAAUGGUACUUGAGUUGGUACAAAGGGAUGUUAUGAUGUUUACCGAAGACAAUGACUCAAAAUAUAUCGGUCACUCUGAAUGUGUGUGUGGUAGUGUAGUAAAUACAUGAGGGAAAUUCCAUUUUCUUAAAAUAUUUUCCAGCAUUUUCAAUGCUUAACAAAUGGCAACAGCAACAACAACAACUAUAGCAACAACAAAUUUCAGUUGCAACCUUAAACAUAGUACUAGUACCUAUUAUGUACGAGAAGACAUUGUUUUAUCUCAACUGGCUGUGCUAUGCAUAUAAUUGCGACAACAUACAACAAACCACAAUGCUAUAUGUGCAAAACAACACUGAUGUGCCAUUCUACAUGGAAAAUAUGAAAAUUCUUUUGAAGGUGUCUCUUUCACUAUUGUAUAGACAUAUUAACAUAAACCAUUUGACUUCUAACCAGAUAACAUCUCGUUUCGCAUUCAUAAUUGUGUGUGCUGGUGUACGAUCCUCGCGAAAUUGAAAAAAAAAUUAUGAUUUUGCCUGUGUCGCGAGAGAAACUGUUCGUCGUGCGGUACGAAAUUUGAAAAUUUUUGUCCGUUUUUUUUUGGUUUGGUUACACGUUUCCCGUUUUGCCAAUCAAUUUAUUUGCUUUGUUUGAUCGAAAGGACGUCUUUGCAAUUUGACUUGAAGUGAACGGAUGAACGGAAAUGAAUUCUUAAAGAUUUUCUCGUGCGGAUUAUGUGCAAUUGAAAGGUGUUGAGUCACAGCAAUGUAGUUAAGUGAAUUUUGACCGAAAAAAUAAAUUAAAAUCUGAAUUACAAUAAUGUGAGAUAAUGACACAACAAAUGGAAUAUCAGUGGUUGGUCAAACCAGAACCAAGGAUUUGCAUUCAAAGGAAUAUUUUCAGUGUUUCAUCAAAAUAUCUUCGUAAUUCGUUGGCAUUUUAUUGAUAUAGAAUUUUGUGGAUAGCUAAAUUAAUGGAAAUUGGUUUUAGCGUUUGAGUUUUGUAAAUUCCGACGAUUUUUACUGUGUAAAACGUUACCAACAAAGAAUUUUUUUUGGAUAAAUUAGUAGAAAACGACACUUUUCACCGGAAAUAAUGGAUUUAUCAACUGCAUAUCGAUACAAUCAAAAUAUGAUGGAAUAUUAUACAUGUCAUGGUGGCGUCAAUCAAUUAGGCGGUGUGUUCGUAAAUGGUCGACCGCUACCGGACGUCGUACGACAACGAAUAGUCGAAUUAGCUCAUAAUGGUGUUCGACCCUGUGAUAUAUCGAGACAGUUACGGGUCAGUCAUGGCUGUGUUUCAAAAAUUUUAUCAAGAUACUAUGAGACUGGAAGCUUUAAAGCUGGCGUAAUAGGUGGCUCAAAACCAAAAGUAGCAACACCACCUGUAGUUGAUGCCAUCGCCAAUUAUAAACGUGAAAAUCCAACGAUGUUUGCCUGGGAGAUACGUGACAGAUUACUGGCUGAAGGAAUAUGCUCACAAGAUAAUGUACCUAGCGUUUCAUCAAUAAAUAGAAUUGUUCGGAAUAAAGCCGCUGAAAAAGCGAAACACGUUCACCACCAACAGCAACAGUCACAAAAUACGGGUACAGCUAGUGGCGGCGGUGGAACAAAUGGUGUUACUGGAAAUAAUAACGGCGUCAGCCCUGGAAAUGUGUCGGUGAUCACCCAUGCGACGGCACAGUCACACCAGCAACAACAGACCCAACUAACUCCAGGUAAUGGAGCUGGCGUCGAGCAACGAACUGGCGGUUAUAGUAUAAAUGGAAUAUUAGGCAUUCAACACACCACAGAUCCCAAUGGCAAUAGUAUCAAACGUAAACGAAUUGAUGAUCAUGACGAAAACCGUGAUAUCAACAUUCAUCCCGAAGACGAUCUCAAAAGACAACGUAUUCACUACAGCGGCGACCAACUUUAUUCGAACCAGCUCUGGACCGGCAAAUGGUGCAUAAAAGACGAACACAAGCUGUUAUCUGAUUUAGGUACGACGACAAACGGCGGUUCGGCUUAUUACGAUACACACAAUGGUUUCCCGUCAUCAACCGGAUCCGAAUCAAUUUUAUACGACAGUAUAACGACGAUUUCGCAAGCUCAAAGUUCGCUGUAUACUCCGCCAAUAGGUUCUGGCACGUUAGGGCCACUUCCAGAUCAAAUGUCUCCAUAUCAUCAAGUCACCGAAAAUGGUCAUACCUAUCUAAUCACAAUGGGACCAGUAGCUGAUAGUGGAUCAUCUCCAUCGUUACCGCUCACAUUGGACACAUCGAAUAACGGACCAAAUGGCGCAGCCACUACGCCAGGUGUUAAUGUCAAUGGUGACGGUAAUAACGGUUCCGCAACGCAAACAACGAACAACAAUGCUAGUAGUAAUCAUAAUAAGUACAGUAGUCAUGAGGCCGGUUCACCGACAGAUCAAUCGUCAUUGACUGUUUUGCAACCGAGUGGAACGGGAGGGUAUUCAUCAAUGUUACCAAGUUUUAGUCAUUAUGCCACAGGCGGUGGUACAGUGGUACCAGGUACUGAUUAUGCAUAUAGUCCAGCGUAUACACAAUAUGGCAGUGCGUACGGAUCGUAUGGAUAUAGCGCUGCUGCUGGCGGGCUGCUCACAGAUUCGACCUACUAUUACGGCAAUGACAGUGGCGCUGGAAGCGCUGGAAAUGGUCAUCACAAUCAAAUCACCUCAAUAAAUCAAGACAUUCGUUCGCCACUAGCUGCCACAAGAGCGAAUUCAUUGGCUAGUGCUGCAUCGCCGACUGGCAGCGCAUGUACAAAAGUUGAACCAAAUUCCGAAAUGUUUUUAGUGUAAAAAGAGACCUAAGAAAAAAAUAAAAAUUUUGGCAAAAUUUUCCCAUCCAAAAACAUUUCAGCUACGAAUCGACUGCAAAAAACGAUGGAAAUGAAAACUAAACAGUUAAAAGAAAAAUACUCCGAUCUCCUUACAAUUGUACAUAAAUGUUUCGGCCAAUCGAUCAUGUUCCCGCGCAAUGCGGUCCAACAUGCCGGUUAAUUGAUCUCGACUAUGGCCCCUUUAAAAUGUGAGUGUGUUUGAGGUGUGCAAGUGAACGGAAUGACUGUCCUAAUGAACUGUUGAGUGACCUAUUCGGGCUCAACUCUUCAGCAAGAAGAAAUCUUGUUUCCGGCAACUUUACACCAUCGAAGGACUGGAGGUCAUUUUUUCUUAGAUCCACCUCAAACAUUUAAAACUAAAUCCAAAGAAAUUCACCACGAAAGGUCGAUAUAGAAAAGAGGGUCGAGAUCAAGAUGUAAAAUUUAAAAUUUAAAAAAAGAAAAAUAUUUCAAGUGAAAAUGGAAGCAAAAAAUAUUUAAAAAUAAAAAUUAAAAAAUUGAACUCAUCACACCCUUUUUAACGAUAAAGUAAAAUAGGUUAAAUCCUCGUCAUUGCACUUUUUUAUGUAAAAAAAAUUUAAUUCUAAGAAAUCUAAAGAAAUUAUUGUGAAUAAUUAUGAACGUGAGAACGAAGUGAAUUUAAGAAAUGAAAAUGGAAAGAUACCAAAAAAUAAAUGAAAUUAGAAAAUUAACAAAUUUGCUGAACAUUCGGCAUUGGAUUUGCCAAACUUCAUUUUACAUUACAGCGAAUCGGAGCAAUCAAAUGAGUGCAGAAUUUUCCAUUUGUUUUCGUCAAAGUCAGAGUUUUGUCUCUGUAACACAUCCAGUCGAAUUGUACAUAUAUCCGAUACUGACAAUGUAAGCAGGUACUCCUUAUCAAUCCGCUAAUCAAUUCAUAUUCACUUCUUUUAACACUUUCGAAAAAUCUCUGCCGAUUUUUAGUGAAUGUUUACUUCGGGCGAUUCCACUUUUGAAUCAGUUCAGACAAGGCUGUUAUGGGAAAUCUCCGGUAGGAAAUACUGUCUAAGCUUACCUUAAAGUAGGAGGGCUAGAGUCAGAACUGCAAUAUCCUCUAGCUAAUCAAUGGAACGUCACCCCAUUCUGGGAGCCAAAUGUACAUGGCUUCAUAUGCCUGAAUGUGGAAACGCCCAAAUUGUCCAUAUGAUAGAUAUUGUGACACUCAGCAUACAUGAUUUUCCUCUCGAAGCACAAUAAAAGCCAUCAACGACGAAAAUAGUCAGGAGAGUGCGUGUCGCUCGUAUAGUUCAUAGAAAGUGUAUUUUGUGAUCUAAAACGAUCUUUUCAUUUUAAAUAUGUUGGUUGAUUCUCCGAUCCUUUCAAGACAACUCACACGCACUUGGUUUCCUGUUAAGAGUCUUACGGUGAGUGCGGAUUAUUAAUUGUAUUAGCAUCCAUGGAUAGAGAUCCCUUUUCUUUGUAGAAACAGAUUAGAAGAAGUCAAGUCAAGUGAUACCAUUUCAGGACAAAACUGACCAAUCUGUCAGGGUCUAUUUUGCGGAAUGGUCUUACCGAAAAAUUCGGAAAAUUCAGAAACUUCUUUUUAGGAACUUUGUGAAACUUUUCAUAAUUUUUUAGAAUUAAAAUUCUCUAAUAAAUCCUGACCUCAACCUAGUUCGAGUCUUAGUCCUGAAACUUUUAAAAUAGCUAAUGGUUUUUGCCACUAUUUCGAUCUGUGGGAAGUAUUAAGUACGUCUUUCGUUGUUUUGCAUUAAAAUGCUGUUCAAAAAUACCACUUUCUCAUCAGGCCAUGGCGACAGUGGAAAGGAAAUGACAAACCUCUAGGAAGUAAGUCAUACCUUUGUACAUGUACACCUCCAGUGAAUCAUAAACAAAAUGUUAGUUCAUUUUCGUAUGAAAAUAAACUUCCAAACCAUUUCAUCACCGUGCAUGCUAUCACAUGCGGGAAUGUGGUGGGCUACCACUAAAGCUGGGUUUUAACCAACAUAAUACAAGUACAAGUGUUGUGCAAGAACAAGUGAAGUCAGACUUCAUAUGUUCACACUUGUACAUGUCAGAGUUUGAUUCUACACAGAAAACAUCUAAAUGUUUUUGUGUCAUUGGUUCGGUUAACCAAAAGUGUUGACAAAAUCAACAAUAUUUUGGUUAACAGAGAUGCCACUUACUUUUUGAAACUUUUACUCAGAAUCAGUCGGUAUGAUUUGUAAUCAUUGUAGACGAAAGAGAAUAGUGGUAUCUUGGGCGGAAAAGGAAAUAUUUGAAUGCCUACAUUGAACAUGUUUCAGUAGGUUUGAUCUGCAUGCUAAUCUCUUCAAAUUGGAGAAACUUAUUAACAAAUUGAAUGUGUUCUGUACGCAAGUGACUGCCGAUCGCUGUGUAAACCCCGGAUAAAGUAGCAAUGAAAUUUCAAAACCAAGAAGAAACAAUGCGACCCAGCAAAUAAAUACGAUAAUGAAAAAACCGAAUCACA